AUGGCGAACCCCUCGCACUCCCAGGUUAUCGCGGCCCCCGACAGCUCCGGCCGCCUGCUGCGUCUGGUCAGCGCAAGCUCGGUUAUGAUGCAGUUGUUGGGCAAGAGCACCAACAUCCGCAUGUCUCAGAUCCUUGAACAUCACGAGGAUGAGGAUUUUAGAGCACAUCGCACAAAGAUUGUGUGCACCAUGGGCCCCAGCUGCUGGGAUGUGGAUAAGAUGGUGCAGCUCAUCGAUGCAGGGAUGAACGUGUGCCGUCUGAACUUCUCCCAUGGCGAUCAUGAAGCCCAUGGACGCGUGGGUGACAAGCCCAUAGAGCUGAACGCUGGCGAUAUGCUCAAGAUCGUCACCGACUACAGCUUUAUUGGCAACAAGAGCUGCAUUGCUUGCUCCUAUGACAAGCUCCCCACCUCGGUUAAACCAGGGAAUACCAUUCUGAUUGCUGAUGGUUCCCUCUCUGUGGAGGUUGUUGAGUGCGGAAAGGACUACGUCAUGACGAAGGUGAUGAAUCCCGCGGUAAUUGGCAACAAGAAGAACAUGAAUCUUCCAGGUGUGAAGGUCGACCUGCCGGUGAUCGGUGAAAAGGAUAAGAAUGACAUCUUGAACUUCGGCAUACCCAUGGGCUGCAACUUCAUCGCGGCGUCUUUUGUACAGUCAGCUGAUGACGUGCGUUACAUCCGAAGCAUUCUUGGGACCAAGGGACGAAACAUCAAGAUUAUUCCCAAGAUUGAAAAUGUGGAGGGUCUGCUAAACUUCGACGAAAUCCUCCAGGAGGCCGACGGUAUUAUGAUCGCCAGAGGUGAUCUUGGGAUGGAAAUCCCACCAGAAAAGGUCUUCCUUGCCCAGAAGAUGAUGAUUUCAAAGUGCAACGUUGCGGGUAAGCCUGUGAUCACGGCAACACAAAUGUUGGAGUCGAUGACUAAAAACCCACGCCCCACGCGUGCGGAGGCUGCGGAUGUGGCGAAUGCUGUUCUGGACGGCACGGAUUGUGUUAUGCUUUCUGGCGAGACAGCAAACGGAAGCUUCCCCGUGCAGGCGGUCACGGUCAUGUCUCGUGUCUGCUUCGAGGCAGAAGGCUGCAUUGAUUAUCAGCAGGUAUUCAGAGCUACCUGCCAGGCAACUAUGAGUCCUAUUGAUACUCAGGAAGCCGUGGCACGCGCAGCUGUGGAAACAGCCCAGUCUAUAAACGCAUCGCUGAUUCUUGCGCUCACCGAGACAGGCCGCACCGCCCGUUUGAUCGCGAAGUACAGACCUAUGCAGCCUAUCUUGGCUCUCAGCGCUUCGGAAGAAACCAUUAAGCACCUGCAAGUUAACAGGGGCGUGACAACCCUGCUGGUUCCGUCGUUCCAGGGCACGGAUCAGUUGAUCAAGAAUGCGCUCUCUGCUGCCAAGGAGAUGCAGCUAGUAAGCGAAGGCGAAAGCAUUGUUGCGGUCCACGGCAUGAAGGAGGAGGUUGCUGGCUGGUCGAACUUGUUGAAGGUCCUGGUUGUUGAGUAG